CAUACCAUGGACGGGAGGGAGGAUAAAUUGCACUGUUUAAUUAGUGCUCUCGGCAAUAAACAAAAGGAAUAGCAUGUUUUAAUCCUGGAAGCCUACAAAGCUCAAUUUAAAUGUAUUGCUUUAUUCUGAUUGGAUUUAACAUGCUAUGAUGUCUUGAUGGGGAGCCUUAUUUUCAUUUUUCAGAAUAAUAGUGUCAAAUAUCUGCCUGGCCAUGGUCCUGUUGUUCCUCAAGAAUGCAAUUAUUGUGGGAAGAAAUUCAAUAUGGGUGGACCUAUAUGGUCUGCUCCUAUCCAGGAUCAAGAAUGGGUGACUUCUAUACUAGCAGACGUGAAAUCUAUGAAAGAAAGGUAUCCUGCAUAUCAUCGCAUAUCAGAGGAAUUGCCACACUGUUUCUGAGUCUGCAUAAUCUCUGUGCAACACUUAAAUGCACUUCUCCAUCAGCAAUAAUUUUCCGUUCGGCCGUGAUUAAUGCAGGCUAUCAUAUAUCUGGAACUCAUGUUAAUCCACAAGGACUGAAAUCAGAUGCACCCAUGGAUGUUAUUUGGGAUAUAAUGCGCUGCUGGGUAAAAGAUCAUCCUGUGAAAGCUCAACCAGCAGAUCAACCAGGAAGUGUUAUAUUUGCAAAGGAACCUGUUCUUCGGGCUAAUUUUGCUCGAGCUGUAUCGACUCUUAGCAAGGCACAAGCUAAGAAGGUUGCACGCUUUCUUCCAAAUCCUGAAAGGCACUGGGGUCCUAAACUUAGGGCAGGACGUCAAAUUAAUAGCAAGCGUGUCUCUGUAUUGGGUUAAGCAGCAGUUAAUGGAAUUCUCAAUCAGGAAGAGAAUGAAGAAUCUAAAUUAAGAGGCAAAAGGCAUAAGAUAAUAUCACAGCUUAGCUCACAAAUGUGGUUCUUUCUAGAAAUUAAUUUUUCUAUCUUGAGAGCUCUUGGGGCUCUAUAUUUUGGUUUCUAAGGCAAGCCCAUUUGUUGUCACUACAUUUUGUUAAUAGAAGAGGGAAAGUGAGUUUCAGUGAGAGAGCUAGACAAUAUAGUAGUUUUUCAAUUAGGUACUGUCUUAUUUCGCCUUGCAUUGAUUAGAUACUGAGUCUAGGAAUUUGUUUAGUUAAACAAUAAUUUUUUUCA